AUUGCUACCCGUGCAGUGGUCUUCUUCUUCAAUCAACAUGAUGUUGCCGGUCAACGAGAGCUCGGAGGAAAUUUUUGGCGUUUUGCACAAGGUUGCAACAAUAUCAGUACCUGAAAGGGAAGGUCUUGAAUAUUUCCAUGCCAUCUACACUACAGACAAAUCGGUGGAUCGGCGGGCAUUGUUCAGUCCGAACUUUUUAUGGCAUUCGGACGCAAGUGACUUACGAGGCACAGCCACCUUCGUCUCCAUCGCUAAAAGGCCUUACUGGUCCACCUCGAGGCGGUGGGGGCGACACUCUAUGGUGCUCUCAGUAUGCCCCGUACGGCGUUUUGUCAGUGCAAAUGCAGAAGUAUCUAAAGAUCCUGACCAGUGACUGCCCCGGACUCCGCAAAAGAACAGGCAGAAGGAUGCCGUGCAUCAGGUAUACCAGUCUGGAGAGAGCCCGUAACCACCGAGCCUCCUUUGCUCAGAGUAAACCCUGUCACUGGACGGAAAUCGCUCUUCUUCAAACCUGGCUUGUGACAAUGAUCAGGGCGUGCCUAAGGCCAAAAGCGAUAUGAUCAUCCGAUGUCUCAAUGGACUCAUCAGCACAACACAAGAAGCUCAUGUACGCUUCCAGUGGGGAAAAGACGAAGUUGCGUUCUGGGACAACAGGUCUACCAACCACAGUACCAGUUAUGGAUUUAUGCCUAACCGACGAUAUGCUGUCCGGGUAACGACCGCAGCCGAGGGGCCAUAA